AUGACACAGAUCGGCUGGUAUGGCCUCGGCUCCAUGGGCCUCGCCAUGGCCAACAAUUUGCAGCGGCACCUCGCCACAAAGAACGCCUUGAGCCUUCUGUACAACAACCGUACAAUGUCGCGCGGUGCAUCUCUGAAAGCACUUGGCGGUAUCGCCGAAACAAGCUUCGGCCAGUUGGUCUCGCGGAGUAACAUCAUUUUCACCAUGGUUGCAGAUGAUACUGUGCUGCAAAGUCUCCUCUCCUCGGCCAUUGGGUCAGAUAUAUCCCUGAAGGGUAAGAUCUUUGUGGACUGCUCGACUGUACACCCGCAGACGGUUAGCUCGGCUGUGGCUCAGUUGAAGGAGCAGCAGGCCUCGUUUGUGGCGGCACCUGUCUUUGGUGGAAACCCUAUUGCCGUGGAUGGCAAGUUGGUUUUUGCGAUUGGAGGUCCUAGAAGUGCUACUGAGACUGUCAAGCCGUUCAUCCAAGAUGUUAUGGGUCGUCGUGUCAUUGAGUGUGGAGAGGAUGCUACCAAGGCCUCUUUGCUCAAGAUUGCUGGGAACAUUGUCACUGUGAACAUGAUGGAAGCUGUUGGCGAGGCUCAGGUCUUUGCUGAGAAGACUGGACUUGGAACUGGGCCUAUGGAGGAGCUUAUUGGCGAGGCGUUUGGCCCUGUGGCUGGCGGAUACUCUAAGAGAUUGACCACUGGGGCUUAUGCGCCGCCUCUAGACUCACGCCCCGGAUUCGGCGUGUCUCUGGCCAUCAAAGACGCUAAACACGCUAUGAAUAUGGCUGAAGAGCAGGGCGUUAAGCUCCCAGGCCUCGCGCUUGCUCGCAAAAACAUGGAAGAUGCCCGUGACUACGCAGGUGAAUGUCUCGACAGCAGCUCUAUGUACGGAAUCUUGCGGCAACAGGCUGGUCUUGAGUUCUGGAACGAGAAAAGCCGCAAGGCUUGA